UUGGUUACCUUAUCUGCAUCAACAAGAGAGACAGACAGACAACCAGCAUAGAAAGAAAAAAAGUAUCUAUCUGAUUAUGUUGUGAGGGAAUGGCGUCACUUGGCACCCCUGCGCAUGUUAGCAACAAGAAGCCCUUGCAUUGUCCCACCUCGAAGCCGAAGCGCGUGAGGUGCGCAGUGUCACCCCCAGCAUGGCAGGAAGGCCGGCGCGUGGUGUCAAUCUCUCUAGUUCUCUCACACUUGCUUCUCAUUCCUAACCGUGCUGUUGCUGAAGGAAGUGUUUUUGAUAAGUAUGUUAAGAGAAAAAAGCUUGAUCCUCUGGAGGCUUAUGUACCAGCUGUCAUACUUACAGAGUUUCAGAUCAAGGACUUGGAAAAAACAUUAGAGGGUGAUGAACCCCAAUUUUCCUUCUGCCGAUCUCUACUUCGUUCUGGGCCUGCAGCUUCACUUCGUGUAAAUAUUCGAGCAGUGGCGCAGUAUGCAUCCGACAGUGGCAAUGGUAAAACUGCAUUCAACAAUGUUGAUGAUUGUCUGAGGUCACUGGAGGAACUUGAUUCCUUGCUUCUGCAUGCAUCAAGAAAGGAUCCUGAAGCCUCAGUCAAAUCAAUGAAGGCAAAAAUCAGUUCUGCCCUUAACGCUCUGGACAGCCUCUUACAAACUGUACCUUCGGAUGUGCUAAGGAAGGGGAAGGUUAUAGCUGAUUCAUACAGGGACCCGGAAGACGUGGAAACAGAGAGUUUGGACCCUGAAUUACAGCAAUUAGAAUCAAUACUAUGAAUAGUCAACAUACUUUUUCGCCUUUUGAGUAUUAGCCAGCAUAGUUGAGUUGAGAUUAUGGGACCUAUGUUACGAAAUGUUGAACCUUAAAAAACAGUUAACAAUGUGUAUUAAAAAAGGUUUUCACUUAUCGAUUAAUUUUCAAACUUCA